GUGUCUGAAAAAAGCAGUACUACUCGUCAGCCAGUAAAUCCUAACACAUCUGAUGAUGAUGACACUGCGGAAGCAGGUCCAUCAAAAGAAGUAUGGAGCAGCAGAAGUGGCUCUUCUGUUAGAUAUCACCACAAGAAACCUGUGGCCGAAAAGAAAGCAAGGUCGUCUGUCCCGCCACAAACACAGCAGGCUACCCCGCCACGAAGAUUAUCGUCUGUAUGUUCUGUCCCCCCACUCCAAAUUUUGGACACACCUCCAAGACGCCAUCCAUACUCCCCUCAUCUUGAUUGUAUAUUUCCUUAGCAGGGGCAGCUUGAUUCCAGAAGAACAUUGUGCGCUCAGGAUGCAUUUCCUGAUCAUCGUGCUGUUCUGCGCAGGACUAGUGAAAGGUCCUCCACCUUGGCUCAGUUUUGAAAUUCCCAGGGACUUGCGUUUAAAGCAUCUCCUCCAGGCUCCAUCUACAGCAUCUUUCCCGUGUCAAUAUUCAUAUGAUAAAAUAUUCAAAGGACCAGAUUCUCCCUGUACAUCUCAUCCACUACCAGAGCGCAGCCACAUGGACUCAGCACGUGUUCAGUUUCUGGUCCGUGGCCCAGACAAGCUAUGUGAAGGUGGAAGCAUGUGCAGUGUGAAAGUAGGGAGCAGAGUGCAGGCAGAGGUGUCUCUCUCUGCUGCACUGCCAAUCCUUGGUCUCUCUUUGGCCCAAUGUUCGCUCUCACCAUCUUCAGAUCCUUUCAAUAACUUCCAUAUCCCGCUUCUUGUGGACGACUGCCCAGUUGCAGUUGGAGUGUCCUUGACUUUGGUCCCACCCAAGCCCUGCACCAAGGCCCUGCCCAUGAAGAGCUUCAGCUUCCAGCUUGGCCCUUUCUACAACAACUCCAUCCAAUUCCUGCACUGCAGAGUGCAGUUCUGCUCGAAGGAAACGCUGUGCAGCAGCACUGAAACUAUGGCAAUUCCAGAGUGUCGCAUUCCUAAUGAUCACUGCGACCAGCUUACUGCUCCACCGUUGUUCCUGAAUCCUGAGCUCCAGCGCACAGUGACGCAACCACUGCUGGUCACCAUCUCUGGUCCCUCACGCCCACUGCUCCAUCCCAGCACAGGUCACAAGAAACCAUCUCCUCCUGCACGCAGAGGUGAGAAAGACAAAAAUCAUUAUCCAGGCUCUGAUCAAAGGAGAUGUCUAGUCUCUUGCUUUGUCUUUACAGAAUAUGGCGUACAGGGGGUAGGAGUGGUAGCAGUGGUUGGGGUGACACUCUGCUCCUUCUUCAUUGGGUCAUUGCUGACAGCUGGACUGUGGUGUAUUCACAUCAAGACAUCCCCGGACUAUCAGGUGACACCAAGCUCGUAAGGAUGUCAAGAUUUCCUAUAGAUGUCAUCAAAUGUGACAGUAAUGGAGCACCUCUGACCCGUUUAUUACAUCUCCCAAUUAAUGUUAGUCACUAAUAAAAAUCUGAA